UGUGUGACGUGUACAGCCUGACCUUUUAAGGCCUCACUUUCCUCAACUAUUACAUAGUAAGACCAGAUAAAAUGUCGUUGACCGUUCCUGGCCGUCAUUUGUCUGGUGAUUUGGAUUUUACAGCAUGGAAUGCCCCAAACCUGAUUCCUGACCCAGAUACCAUUUGCUUCUGGCGCACACUGGGAAUGGGGGGGGGGGCGGGGGUGGGGGCAGCUAUCCACCCCAUACUUUGCUCCUCCCUUAGAGGUUUGCCCUGGAGUUGAGCCAGCCCUUGAGGAGGCCUCCACUCCCCCUUCCUUUCCCCAUUCUGGGAGAGGUUCUGGUCUGGCUGCACUCCAGGAUAAACUUCCACAAGGCAAGAGAUAACACAAAGUCAAGGUGAAGAUCAUGGCAGCCCUUAAAAAGGCCUCCUUGCACCCUAGAGUGGCUGCAGCUCUUCCACUCCAGAGCUGUCCACCCUGCCUGCCGGCGCCUGGCCACCAUGUGGGAGCUCUUGGCUCUCUUGCUGCUCACCCUAGCCUAUUUUCUUUGGCCCAAGGUAAAGAGCCCUGGUGCCAAAUACCCCAAGAGCCUCCCAUCCCUGCCCUUGGUGGGCAGCCUGCCAUUCCUCCCCAGAAGUGGCCAUCCGCACGUGAACUUCUUCAAGCUGCAGGAAAAAUACGGCCCCAUCUAUUCCUUUCGUAUGGGGAGCAAGACUACAGUGAUGAUCGGCCACCACCAGCUGGCCAAGGAGGUGCUUAUCAAGAAGGGCAAGGAAUUCUCCGGGAGGCCCCAAGUGACGACUCUAGAUAUCCUGUCAGACCAGCAAAAGGGUGUUGCCUUUGCUGACUAUGGUGCCGGCUGGCAGCUGCAUCGGAAGCUGGUGCUGGCCACCUUUGCCCUGUUCAAGGAUGGCAACCUGAAGCUUGAGAAGAUCUUAUGUCAGGAAAUCAGUUCGUUCUGUGACUUCCUGGCCACCCAGAACGGACAGUCCAUAGAUUUGGGCUUGCCUCUCUUCUUCGCGGUGACCAAAAUCAUCUGCUUGAUCUGCUUCAACACCUCCUACAAGAACGAACAUCCUAUAAUGAAGACCAUACAGACAUACAAUGAUGGCAUCAUGGAGUCUCUGGGCAAGAACAGUAUAGUAGACAUAUUCCCUAAGCUGAAGAUUUUCCCCAACAAAGCCCUGGAAAUAAUGAAGAAUUGUACUAAAAUGCGAAAUGAGUUGCUGACUGAGAUCUAUGAAAAACAUAAGAAGAACUUCAACAGCAACUCUGUCACUAACUUGGUGGACAUCCUGAUUCAAGCCCAGAUGAACUCAAGCAAUAACAACACUGGCUCAGACCAGGAUUCAAAGCUGCUUUCAGAUCGACACGUUCUUGCCACCAUAGGGGACAUCUUCGGGGCCGGUUUGGAAACCACCACCUCUGUGGUGAAGUGGACUGUGGCCUUCCUGCUGCACAAUCCUGAGCUGCAAAAGAAGAUCCAGGAGGAGAUUGAACAGAACGUCGGUUUCAGCCGCACACCAACUGUGAGUGACCGGAACCACCUCGUGCUGCUGGAGGCCACCAUCCGCGAGGUGCUUCGCAUUCGCCCGGUGGCCCCUACGCUCAUCCCCCACAAGGCUAUCACUGACUCCAGCGUCGGCGAGUUUGCCAUUGACAAGGGUACAAAUGUUGUCAUCAACUUGUGGGCACUGCAUCACAAUGAGAAGGAAUGGCACCGGCCCGACCAGUUCAUGCCCGAGCGCUUCCUGGACCCCACAGGGAGCCAGCUCAUCUCGCCAUCCUCCAGCUACUUGCCCUUCGGAGCAGGACCCCGCUCCUGCAUUGGGGAGAACAUGGCCCGCCAGGCACUCUUCCUCUUCAUGUCCUGGAUGCUGCAGAGGUUCGACCUGGAGGCCCCGGAUGAUGGGCAGCUGCCCUCCCUGGAGGGCAUCCCCAACGUGGUCUUUCUGAUAGACUCUUACAAAGUAAAGAUUAAGAUUCGCCAGGCCUGGAAGGAAGCCCAGGGUGAGGGUAGCACCUAGAGGUGUGCCUAGCGCUCCACCCUGUGUGGCCCCACAGCACAGAAUGAGAGGUGUUACUCUACCCUCCCGCCCUUCCUCCCUCCUCCUGGUCCCCUCUGCCUUCUUUUCCACCCUGCAGCCCUGACAGUGAUGUGCAUAAAGUUUUUCUUAAGAAGGUCCCUGAACUUACGACAUUCCUUACUAUCAUUGUUACCCUCCUUUGAAAAAAAGAAAAAGGGCCCUGAGUAGCUUAUUCAUUUAAUUUUUUCACUCAUUCUUUCAAUAAAUAUUUUAUUAAGCACCUCCUCAGUCCCACUCAC